AUGCCUUCUUUCACUUCUCUCGCUAUCCCCGCUCUUUACCAGACCUCACGCCAGUUCGUCCCUCGCUCCAUGGCCGCCACUAUCCGUCAAGCCCAGUUCGCGUCCAAGGCCUCCAAGCCCGACCUCGUCACCUACGAGGAGAUCGAUACCCUCAUCCACCAGGGCAACAAGAAUGUGUUGUUGAUCGAUGUUCGUGAACCUGGCGAGGUUGCUCAGGGUGUCAUCCCCACCUCGCACCACGUCCCCUUGGCCAACAUCCAGGAGGCUCUUGCUUUGCCCGACAAGGAGUUCGAGGCUCGCUUUGGAUUCAAGAAGUUCGGGAAGGACGAUGAGGUGAUCUUCUACUGCAGAUCAGGAAGACGCUCAGGAUUGGCCUUUGACCUGGCCAGACAGCUCGGAUACAGCGGCGCUCGCAACUACUCUGGAAGCUGGCUCGACUACGAGGCCAAGGCCAAGAAGUAA